UUCAAGUGGUUUCUGUUUCGUUUUGUUUUUGUGCAAGAGUUGAGGUCUAAGGAAUUGAACACGCGGAAUACGUCGUAGGGUUCUUUGAUAUUAAUUUAAUUAAAUCAUUCUGAAAGAAUAAGGGAUGGCCAUCCCUCAGGAGGUGUUAGCAUAUGGUUGGAUACCAUUUACAGUCGUUGUGGUGUUAACAUUUAUUUUUUCAUGGUUCUACAUCCGUUUUUAUCAAGAUCAUGCGCAGUCUGAAGUGUCGUCCACACUAACUGGUAUUCUGGCCCUGGCUAUCACAUUGCUUACUAUUGCUCUUGUUCCUGUGGACAUCUUCUUAGUUUCAUACAUGAAAAAUUCAGAUGGAACUUGGAAGGAUUGGAGCACAAAUGGGACUAUGAGAGAUGAAUUUGAGCAGACAAUUGCUGUAGGAUAUUAUGUGCUGUACUCGUUGGUGGCAUUCUUUGCAUUCAUACUCAUGCCAUUCAUGUACUUCUACUAUGAAGAAAAAGAUGAGGAUGCCACAACAAGACAGAGGAUGUGUGGUGCCUUGAAGUACACCAUUGGGUUUUUGAUAGUUGCCAUUGUUCUUCUUCUUGUUGGAGCCUUUGCACCAUUGAAAAAGCCUCCAAAGAAUAUAACCCAAUGGGAGAAGAAAAUUAGCUUCUUAAAAGAUGAAUUGCAGGCUCAUAAUGGUGAAACUGCCCUGUCACUGCUCAUGGGUUUCCUUUCCUUCAUUGGCAUGGUUAUCAUGAUCACCUACACAGCUUAUGGGAUGACGUCCUUACCCUUCUCCAUGCUGAAAGGGUUUAAGAACUCAAAGAAAGAACAUCUGGAGGUCAGCCAUGAACGUGAAUCAGUUGAAGAGCGUGCACGCAUGAUCCGAGCCAAGUACAUGGAUGGGCAUCCAAUGACUGGCCGUGAUCGAAGAACGCUUGCACGCCUUGAGGGAGAGGAAAAACUCCUCAUUAGAAGGGAGAGACAUUUACAGGCUGCAAACCUUGGCUGGCUUAACAAAUGCCUCAAGUGCUGUCGUCCAUUUGAAGUUGUAUUUGGUGUUUUGUUCUUGUUACUUGGAUUGCUCAUCAUCGUCUCACUCUUUCUUACUUGCUUGGACAAGGCUCUGAAUUCACUGGGGUACAAGUAUGGUUAUGUACUUACCAAACCUCAGCUGCCUAACCCUAUCAACAUUGUCAUGGUCUAUGCACAGAAGGUUUUUCCACUGGACUAUUGCUUGUUUGUGGCCAUUGUUCUCUACUUCCUUUACUGUACCAUGUCUGGGAUCAGAGCAAUUAGCAUACGCUGCUGCUGGAUUAGACUGUACAAAAUACGUUCCCGCAAGACUAUGCCGCAAGCUCUGCUGUUUCUCGUUCUGAUGUUGAUGUUGACUAUGCUCUUCUUAAACAUUAUGUUGUUUACACUGGCUCCUCAGUACGUCAUGUAUGGCAGCCAGCAUUACAGAAACACAACAUCUACUGCAGGUCACAGCAGUAACACAACAGUUCAUACUAAUGGCACUGCGCCUGGAAAUAGCACUGUGACUACUACAUUUGAAACAAAAGUCUGCUCCACUGCUGCCCCUGAAGGUGCAUGCAUCAUGACUCGAGCUGCCAUGUUACUCAACAGAUUUUUCUACAAAGUUUGGUUUUUUGGUGCCUGCUAUUACUGGGGAACAUGGCUCUUCCUGGCAAUAUACAUUAUUGGCCUGGGGGUGUCGAUAGCAAAAAAACGCAAGUCCGUGGUGGAUGAGGAGCUGGACUCUAGUGAUGACUCAGAUGAGGAAUUGGUUAAUGCUUAAAUAUCAGUUUAAUUUGUACUUUAGUGCAAGUACAUCUUGACAGAGCUGUGUUUUAAUCACAUCUCACAAGUAAAACAACCAAAAUGCAUUCCAAUUUCAAGAUAUUUGGUCAGGUAGCAAAAGAACGUGUUGCAAACAACUUGUAGAUAGGCAUGUAUAUAUGCCAAGGGUAUCUUUUGCAAAACUAAAUGAGCAGCAGUAAAUUUUAGUUUCACAAGGUUAAAUUGCUUUUGUUUUAAUGUGAUUGUGAAGUGAAAGAUAAGAUUAAUCAUAUCAAAAUAACCUUUAACUUAGUUUGCAAAAAUCAUUCCAAGUGUGAGAAAUACUGAAGGUCACUUGAAUCGUCUUUGUAGCACCUAUCUGUGGUGGGAAUUAGGAAUUUCAGUUGUUUUGCCCAAUUAUUGACAGAAAUACAUUUAGAAAUAGAAUUGUUUGAUGAUUACAAGUAAAUGCUAAUUUGAAAUCAAAACAAAGCAAUCUAUGAAAGUUUGUACAUGCAAAAAAGGUAUUAGAUUGCCUUUUUUUGUUCAAGGAGAUAUACGUUAUGUGCUGUUAGAUAUUUAUUAUUUAAACAAAUACUUAAAAAUAAAUGUUUGUAAAAACGUUAAUUUACAUUAGACCUAGAUGCAACAACAAAAUGCAUUAUAAAGUAGAUUGUAAUAUUCUGUACAGCAAAUUUGUAAGAGCACUGAUAUAGUUGUUACAAAAAUAAAAUAAUUCAGUGUA